GCCACAAAAUCUGCAUCUUUAUUAAUUUUGUUCAAUUACAAAAAAAAAUAUUCAUCAUCACGAGUUAAGUACAAUAAAGAACAAAAAAAAAUUAUAAAGUGAAAUCUGUUGCAGCGGAUUCUCUAUUUCGCGGCUCAGCUGUCAAACCGGACCCCGCCCUGGAGUUAGACAAUCUAACCAAUCACAGGGGUGUUAAAGGCCGCGCUGACCAAUCACAAUCUUGUAAAUCAAACCGGAAACGCCAAAGAGAUCCAUGUCCGGCCCCACCCACGGAAACUAACAGAGGGAAUAUAAUGAAUCGCCCACGCGAUUAUUGGGGUUCACGACAGCUGAUUAUGAGUUAUUAUCUUUCCUAUACACACGAUAUCGUCCAAAUGUGUUAAAUAUAACUUCAACUUGCCUGUGACCGGUUUAAGUAGAACCUUAUACCAAAUUGCGUUAAGAAUUCUCCUCAUUUAAUCUUUCUCGGCAAAAUGUCGAAAAUGUGUGGCUUUUUUCUGUGAGUUAUGAGUUUAUUAUCAAACGCUAUGAGCUGCUUUUCAGUUCGGCGUGUGUGUUUAGUGUCUUACGGCACUUUAUCAAUGUGAAUUCGGACUUUAAUGAUCACUACGCCACGUGUUUUCCCAUUGGAGGGCGUCGAUUCGAAGGCGGACACGGAACACAAGGAGUCGCCCUGUAAAUGUGGCGUAUUGCUUCGAAAAAAAGUUGUAUUGUGGAUAUUUUUCAAGCCGAAUUCAAAAUUGGCGUCAGUAACUAGGAAUGCCUCUGAGUCGAGCUCUGUGAGUCGAGUAUUCUUCACCGAUACGUGCGGGCGAGUUGAAUCCGCACAAUUUCGAAUGUAGUUCCGUCACGGAGAGGCGCUCGCCCUUGUCUCAUCUCUCCCACAGGAGGCUCUGCUUCCCCGACAACCCCCUUUGUUCAGUGCACAGUCGGUGGGUUGAGUCAGCGAGAGGAGAGGGAGGCUGUGCUUCAGAAGAAGAAGAAAAAAAGAAUCCGACAAGAGCCAGAGGCAAAAAAAACAACAUAUAUAUAUCUGAGUUCAGCCAGGAAGCCAGACGACAGGGAAGGUGCGUUCAAGUGCUGUUGAUGCUGAUGCUGCGGUUUCUUGCUCGGAAACCGUCAUCAGAGGGAGCCGGUGGUUCGGCCACGGAGACAGCGACACAUGUCUGCCUUUUUUUUUUCUCCCGGUGGGGGUGAGCUGCUCCGGCUCCGGGUCCUGAAGGAAUGAACCGGCAUCCCGACCACUGAUCCUCCUCAUCCUCCUCCUCAUCCUCCCGCUGCAGUCGUCGCCAUCAUCCACCCGAUCUGAUCCCGCGCCGGCUCCAGCUCCUGCUCGGCUCAGCAUCCAUAUUUGCAUCAUCCCAGGGAGUGGCAACCACUGAUCCCACUUCCUUUUCUUGCUCCAGGAGAGGAAACAAAAUUGAAAACAGCCCCGACAUGGAGAGCGACAGCCACCACUCCCACGUCUAGUGGCCCUCAUCCGCAAGCCUUCAUCACCCAGGGAGGAGCUCCCAGGUCCCAGGCCAUCUCCCUGCCACUGAAGAAUGAACAUGCUCAAGUCCAGUGGACUGAAAAUCCCUGGCCGUGGGCCCAAGCAUUCCAGCCCAGUGGGGAGGACCUCAGCGGGUGGAACGUCCAGCCCCGUCGUCCCUAAAGACAACGCCCCGCUGAAGCCGACCACGCCGACUAAAAUCUCCGAAGAGGGCGACGAUGUUUUGGGCGACUACACGGUGGGCGAACAGGUCUGGGUCAACGGCGUCAAACUGGGCGCCAUCGCCUACCUCGGGGAGACCCAGUUCGCCCCGGGACAGUGGGCGGGCGUCAUUCUGAAUGACCUAGUUGGCAAGAACGACGGCUCAGUGGGCGGCGUGCGCUACUUCGAGUGCCAGCCCCUCCAGGGCAUCUUCACGCGGCCCUCGAAGCUCACGCGGCAGCCGGUCGGCGAGGGCAGCGACAGCCACUCCACCGACUCGCUCUCUGCCCAGAAUCAGACGCAGCAGGGCGGCAGCAACGGCGGCGGCGGCGGCGGCGGCUGCGGCGCCCCCCCUGGCCAGCGGGUGGUGGUGCUGCCGCUCAGAGAGGGCCUGCUCAACUGCGCCGUGAAAACGGGCAACGAGUCCGGCUCCAACAUGUCCGACAACGGCUCGGUGAAGAAAGGCGGAGACAAGGAUCUCCGAGUCGGAGAUCGAGUGCUGGUCGGAGGCUCAAAGAUGGGGGUCAUACGCUACAUGGGAGAGACGGACUUCGCCAAGGGGGAGUGGUGUGGGGUGGAGCUGGAUGAGCCCCUGGGGAAGAAUGAUGGCGCUGUAGCUGGUACAAGAUACUUCCAGUGUCUUCACAAGUUCGGCCUGUUCGCUCCGGUCCACAAGGUGAUCCGCAUCGGCUUCCCCUCCACCAGCCCGGCCAAGGCCAAGAAGAGCAAGCGGAUGGCCAUGGGGGUCUCCUCGCUGGUCCACAGCCCCAGCAGCUCCUCCAUCAGUUCAGUCAGCUCGGUGGCCUCCUCCGUGAGCGGACGGCCGAGCCGAACUGGACUGCUGACGGAGACGUCGUCGCGCUACGCCCGGAAGAUCUCCGGCACCACCGCGCUGCAGGAAGCCCUGAAGGAGAAGCAGCAGCACAUCGAGCAGCUGCUGGCCGAGAGGGACCUGGAGCGGGCCGACAUGGCCAAGGCCACCAGCCACAUCAGCGAGGUGGAGAAGGAGCUGAGCGUCGUCAAGACGCAGCACGUGCAGUACGUGUCGGAGAACGAGGGCAGCCUGCAGCAAGUCAGAGCCCUGUUGGCCAGCACGCAGAAGGACAAGCUGGAGCUGGCCAAUCAGCUCGAAGAAGAGAAACGGAAAGUGGAGGACCUCCAGUUCAGAGUGGAGGAGGAAUGCAUCACCAAAGGAGACCUGGAGGGAAGAUGCGCUCGUGACGCGGUGUCCGUGAGGUCGGGUAAGAGAACCAAGCAAACCACGGUCGAGGAGCAGAGUCGCAUCAUGCAGCUGGAGGACGAGCUCACCCUCCGAGGCGCCGAGAUCAAGAACCUCCGCGCUCAACUCGGAGGAGGCGGCGACUCGGGCUCGCAGCCGGCCGGCGGCGGCGGCGGCGGCGGCGACGGCGACGCAGCAGCCCCCCCCGGGUCCGACGGCCAGCGGGACGCCCCGCUCCUGAGCGAGCAGCGCUACAGGGAGAGCGGCGAGCUGCGGGACAAGUACGAGACGGCGCUGGCGGCGAGCCAGCAGGAGGUGGACUCGCUGAAGGCCGUGGUGGACAAGCAGAACCAGGAGAUCGGCGACGCGCGGCAGAGAGUCCAACAGGCCAACAAGGAAAACCUGGAGAUGAUGGACACCUGGAAGGCUAAAUUUGACUCGUUGGUGAGCGACCACCAGCGAUCCCUGGAGGAACUCAAGGCCACGCUGAGCAGCGACCGCGCUGCUCCUGAAGGCCGGGAGCAGGACGCCCCGGAGCUGAGGGCCGCUCUGGAGAGCCUGAAGAUGGAGCACCAGCUGGAGCUGGAGAAUCUCAAGGCCAAGCACAAGAUCGAAGCUGCCAUUCUCACCAAGGAGCGCGAGGACCUGUGCGCCCGCCUGCGGGAGGCCAAGGAGCAGCUGGCGGCCGAGGGCGGCCAGACGUGGAGGGCCGAGGUCGGGGCCAGGACCUUCGGGAAGCAGGCCCUGGAGGAGGCGACCGACAAGCUCCUGAAGGCGGAGCGGCGGCUGGCGGAGGUGGAGCAGCUGCAGGCGGAGCGGGACAGGGGCGCGGAGGCGCUGCGCGAGAGGCUGGAGCUGUCGGAGAAGAAGACGGCGGAUCACCAGGCGCUGCAGAAGGCCCAGGCCGAGAGCCGGGAGGAGAUCCAGAAGCUGGAGGAGGAGCUGAGGGUGACGGCCAACCAGCUCCAGGCCAUCCAGGCCGACCGCUUCACGCCCCGCGACGCAAAUGUGAUAGAGGAUAACGACAUAUCAGAGGAGAAGAUGAAGCUAAAGCAAAAUAUCGAAGAAACGAUGGAGAAGUUGUUGAAAAGGGAAAAAGAGGUCUCUACUCUCACUUCCCAGGUCGACGCCCUCAAGUCACAGAUCGGAGCGAUGGAGGGAAAAGUCCGGGCCGGGGAGAAGAAAGCCGAAGCUCUGGCCAGGGAGAAGAUGCGCGUGGAGGCCGAGCUGGAGUCCAUGACCAGGAAGUCCCACGAUGCAUCUGGGCAGCUGGUCAGCAUCAGCCAGGAUCUACUGCAGAAAGAAAGGAGCCUGAAUGAACUGAGGGUGUUGCUGCUGGAAUCGCAUCGCCACUCGCGGGACAUGGAGAAAGACCUGAACCGGGAAGUGCACAAGGCCGAGUGGAAGGUGAAGGAGCAGAAGCUCCAGGACGACAUCAAGACGCUGCGGGAGAAGCUGCUCCUGCUGGGCCGCGAGCGUUGUUCACCGGACCACCGGCGCUACUCCAUGCUGGACCCCUCGGCGCUGGACUCGGAGGUGAACCGCCUGCGCCAGCGGCUGCUCAGCACGGAGGACGCCCUGAGGAACGCGAUGGAACACAACCAGCAAGUGGACCAGCUGGUCCUGGCCAUGCGCAAGCAUCCAGAAAAAAGCCCGGUGCAUGGUGCCAACUCGGCCAAUGGGAUUCAUCAUCAGGAGACGGGCAGCGCUCGCGAUGACCAACACUGAUGUGCGAGCAGAAGAAGACGGGGCCGUUGCGCAGAGGUUUCGUCGUGAGAAAAAAAGGAAAGCGCUCGUCCCGACAACUCCUCCCGAUCCUGCGAUGGACAGACACCUGAGCGACUCUUCGGUUUGACAGUUAAUACCAAAACGGCAAAUCUCUAUCUCCAGUGCAUUUUACGUGUUGUUGCAGAAAAGCAUCUAUAAGCCAAUCGUGAAGACUGCUUGAAAAGAACUAUGUGAUGUAACCAGGAAGACGUGGGACAUGGACACGAAGAGAUGUGGUCGGCACCGGCAACUUUUGAUGCUUUACAGUCGUUAGGAAGUGAAAAAAAAAUUUUUUGCCAGGAACUCUUUGACAAUUCAGAAUUUUGAUCCAGAAAGGGAAAAAAAAAAAAUGUUGCUGAUGGUCAACGAGGUGGAAGAACUGGGUCUCCGUUGCUUUUGUUUGUUUUAUUUAUUACUUUUACUCUUGCGCCUCCGCUCUGUAAUAAUCAUCUGUACUGUAGGUGUUGAAGGAGAAGACGCUGACGGCGCUCGUCGCCUUUCUCCAUGUGUGAUGAGAGGACUGGUGGCAAAGUCAUCGCGGUUGCUCCCUUUCCCCUGGGCUGGGCGGCCGGCAUCGUUGGAAGUAUUCAAUUUAUUGCUCGGCCGAAAAAAUCUGUGCCUCACAAGGUCGUUUUGAAAAGUGGCUCAAAAACGGCUCCAAUAUUUCAUCAGUUUGAAUCUGUUUUUUAGGUUGGAAUGGAUUCCAGGUCCACGACUUCCACAAAAACCCUGUCGACCACCUCCCACAACGUGCCCUCCUCUCUCCGUCCAUGUUCCAAACAGCGUUUUCUUAAAUACAUAAGAAUUGAUUUCUUAAUCUCCCAAGUAGAAACCGAUUCGAUGAACGCGCGAGGAGGACGGAUUUUCUCUAGUUUUCUCAAGGCCUUGGUCCUCUUUUAAAUUCCUUUUCAGGAAAUCAGUUUUAACAAAACGUGUACGACAACCCUGUGCUUUAUAGCUCACAUUAACGUUCACUCUUGAACUAUCCCAGAUAUAAAAGUCUCCUCCGAGAAACCAGUCGUGGACACGGUGUCGUGAUAUUUCAUAAAAAAAAAAAAAGAAAGUGGAGGAAUGGUUGAAAACGGUGUUAUUCCCUCUGCCAUCCUCGGAGAACAUUUACAGGAUCGUCGUAUAUGUGGCAUACCUGUAUUUGUUGUAGUACUGUCGCCAUGGUUACUUGCGGCCUUCUGUACAGCAGGUUGAACUAGCGUGAGCGUCGAUUUUAGAGCAGUCGCCUUGAGUGGAGCUUUGCUUGAGGAACAUCCGUCCCACCAUUAUCUGUACCGCCAGCUCGCCCUCAUGGAGAGACAAACUCUCAGUCGCCACAUUUAACCUAACCCCAAUCUGCCGGAGAACCCGGGUGGAACCCGGGGAGGACGCGGGGAGAAAACGCGCAAUCUCCACAGCUUCCACGAACCUUGCCGCGACGCGCCGCGCAGGGUCCAAAAAGUCCUGAGGCCACUUUCCCCCCUUUCACUUGAAUGUAUCACACGAAUUGACCACUGCGCAUUUACCGCGUCGCGUUGUCCGUCGGGCGACAGGAGUCUAUCUGUUGUAAAGGACCGGCCGCGAGGAUUUCAACCACCAGUCCUCUCUCGCGCGCGCUCGCCGGAUCGAUCUCCUUCAGUCGGAAGUCCCCUCAUCAGUGGACUGAAGGCUCGAUGUGACCGAGCCCCCCGGGAGACCUGCUUGCAUCCAGCUCUCGUCCAUGUGACAGUAUGUUUAUAGAAAGAAUAUAGUGAGUUAUUCCAUUCACUUAAACUCUUGUCUGAACGUGUUUUUCCCAGUACGACCUCUUCUGCGCUCGUUUGACGACGAGCCAAUUUUAUUUACCGUGGACUACGUGUGAGCACAGACUCCACCCAUGCAUAAGUAUUAAAUGAUGAUAUUAAAUGGUGCGACGGCAACGUAGCCGUCCUAUCUGAUGGCCUUUUUUUUUUCUUUUUUUGAUGAAUCACAAUGUCCCCUGGAUUACAGUACUGCACCGACCUUUUCGGUCGAGUCUACUUCAGGGUUGUCGCAGGAGCUAUAAAACCCAAGACGCCCCACUCGCCCUCAACAUCUGGAUUUCAACAUUUGUAGAAUUUAUACUUCAAGUCUUCCAAAAGAAAAAUAUUGCUUUAUCCAUUCGUUGGCCGAACCAGGAGAUGGUUGGGCGGUCACAGGUUGCCGUUGCUUCUGCAGGAGGCGUUGCUCAGAGGUGAGUGGCGUGGAAACGUCGGGAGUCGUGGUCUCCCGGGCAAAAAAUAUACAGUUCAGGCGCCGGUCAGCUCAGAUAGAAUCCUGACAUUUUUUUUCUUUGUUGGAUAUUGUACAUGGCCUUUUUCAGCUGGAGGGUUCGCACCCUUUGGAUUAUUGCUGCAAUGGUUUUCGGAGAUUGAGUCAUUAAAUAUUAACAAUGUGGGCAAAAAG